AUGGCAAAUAACCGUUCGACAUAUGGAACUUGCAACAAUAAAAAUGAUUUCGCAGACGAAAUCAUUGUAAAAAUCCUGAACAUGGGAGCAGUUGGAAACAAAUUCGAGGCGAUAAUGUCAUCAAAACAGAUUUUCGGACUGUUGGAUGUGGUCAGAGAUGUUUUUUGGAAACAAGGUGCAAUGGUAGAGCUGGAAACACCAGUCAAAGUAUGUGGAGACGUGCAUGGACAGUAUUCAGAUGUUCUCCGACUUCUGGAGAAAGGCGGUUUCCCUCCGACCGUCAAUUAUCUAUUUCUUGGUGAUUAUGUUGAUCGAGGACCCCAAAGUCUUGAAGUUGUUUCUCUUUUCUUGGCGUACAAAGUCAGAUUUCCUGGAAACUUUUUCAUGCUUCGUGGAAAUCAUGAAACUGGAGCAAUCAAUCGUGUCUAUGGAUUUCUGGAUGAAAUACAACGGAAAUACGGCUCGAAAAUCGGUGCGAACUUAUGGAACACUUUUCAGACCUGCUUUGCAUAUAUGCCAUACACUGGUUUAAUAGCUGGAAGGAUUCUUUGCAUGCAUGGUGGAAUCAGUAAAAGAAUGCAAAGUUUGAAUCAACUCCGAAAAUUGCCUCGCCCAGUGCUGGAUAUCCCGAAUCCCAGUCUAGAAAUCGAUAUUCUCUGGUCGGAUCCAGACCAAACUAUUCAUGGAUUCGACGACAGUACACGUGGAGUUGGACAAGUAUUUGGGGAUGAAGCACUUCAAGAAGUAAUGGAUAGAUUAGGUGUUGAUUUGAUUGCUCGUGCUCAUCAAGUCGUUCAAGACGGAUACGAAUUCUUUUAUAAAAAGAAAUUGGUUACUAUAUUCUCAGCUCCUCACUAUUGUGGAGAAUUCGAUAAUGCAGCUGCAAUAAUGUCUGUUGAUGUGAACUUGCUUUGCUCGUUUCAGAUACUGAGACCGGAAAAGAAGGGAAGUGACUGA